AUGGAGCACAACUCCUCUGGCCAGGGGAACUUGUCUAUCCCGGGGAACUUGUCUAUAUCUGAUCCUAGGACCUCUAACAUGGAUGAACUUCUCAUCACCUGUACCUUUGGCACUAUACUGUCCUUGAUGUAUGUGGCUGGGGUGGCUGGUAAUGUCUAUACGUUGGUGGUCAUGUGCCACUCUAUGAGAUAUGCAGCUUCCAUGUACAUCUCUAUUAUUAACCUGGCCCUAGCUGAUCUGCUCUACCUGUCCAGCAUCCCCUUCAUAGUGUGCACUUACUUUGUGAAGGACUGGUACUUUGGGGAUAUUGGCUGCAGGAUCUUGCUCAGCCUGGACCUACUUACUAUGCAUGCCAGCAUCUUUACCCUCACAGUGAUGUGUACUGAGCGGUACAUGGCAGUCACCAAACCUCUAGACACAGUCAGAAGGUCAAAGAGCUACAGAAAAGCAAUGGCUGGUGCAGUGUGGUCACUGUCGCUUCUCCUCACUCUUCCGAUGAUGCUCAUGGUCACCCUGACAGAGGGAAAGGGCACCGGAGUAAAAAGGAUGUGUGCUCCAACUUGGAGUCUUGAUGCCUAUAGGAUCUAUCUUACAGUUCUCUUCAGCACCAGCAUCAUGGCACCAGGCAUGAUCAUAGGCUACCUUUACACCAGGUUAGCCAGAACCUACCUGGAGUCCCAGAGAAACCCAAUCAACAGGAAGGACAACAAACGAUCUCCAAAGCAGAAGGUUCUGAUCAUGAUCUUCAGCAUUGUGCUGGUCUUCUGGGCUUGUUUUCUUCCUUUCUGGAUCUGGCAGCUGGUCAGACUCUAUGACAUGUCAAUGCAGCUCUCUUCGCAGACCCAGAAGUGCAUCAACUACUUGGUGACUUGCCUGACUUACAGCAACAGCUGUAUUAACCCCUUCCUUUACACCUUGCUGACAAAGAACUACAGGGAGUAUUUGAAAAACAGGCACAAAAAGUUCUACAGGUUCACUUCCUCCUUCAAAAAAAGGGGUUCCGCGUUGCAGUGCUCCUCCUGGGGCCGGUCCAUGUCCUCCAGCAACCAUUAUGACUAUGUGUCUGAGACUAUUGGCAUGACUAAUGUCAGGGACAUCAAAUGA